UGGCGAGGGAAGAGGACAAUGGUAUCCCAGCAUAUAACAGCAACCUUAACUCUUGUUCCAUAUAAAACCCCAUUAAUUCAGUGCUUUGAAACAAAACUAAAGAAGAAAUGCUGAGACAAGUGUUGCGACAAUGUUACUCACUUCAUCGUCCCGCAGUGAAUGUGUACGCAGUGCCGCGGUUUUAUCGGAGAAGGCUUUGUUCUUCUUCUUCUUCUUCAGAGUCCACUGCCGCUACAAUCUCCAUCGACCGUUCUUCCCUUUACAAUCCACCUGAGCAUUCUCACCACCCCACUUCUGAUUCCGAACUCGUCAAACACCUCAAAGGCAUAAUCAAGUUUCGUGGAGGCCCUAUUUCGCUAGGUGAGUACAUGUCCGAGGUUUUGACAAAUCCUAAAGCUGGUUAUUACAUCAAUCGAGAUGUUUUUGGAGCAGAAGGUGAUUUUAUCACCUCACCUGAAGUUAGCCAGAUGUUUGGUGAGAUGGUUGGUGUCUGGGUGAUGUGUCUUUGGGAGCAAAUGGGCCAACCACAAGGAGUAAAUCUAGUUGAGCUUGGCCCGGGGCGAGGAACUCUCAUGGCCGAUCUCCUUCGCGGUGCUUCAAAGUUUAAGAACUUCAUUGAGUCAUUGCAUGUACACUUGGUGGAGUGUAGUCCAGCACUACAGAAGCUUCAGCACCAGAACUUGAAAUGCACUGAUGAAGAGAAUGCUUCUCAAGAUACUGAUACAAGAACAGCCAGGUCCUUGUUUGGAACUCCUGUAUCAUGGCAUGCUACACUGGAGCAGGUUCCUUCAGGAUCGCCAACAAUUAUUAUUGCGCAUGAGUUCUUCGAUGCCCUACCAGUCCAUCAGUUUCAGAAAGCAUCUCGUGGCUGGUGUGAGAAAAUGGUUGAUGUGGCAGAAGAUUCAUCGUUUCAUUUUGUUCUUUCACCACAGCCUACACCUGCUACUCUCUAUCUAUUAAAGCGGUGCAAGUGGGCUGCACCUGAGGAAAUUGCAGAUCUCAAUCAAAUUGAAGUUUCCCCUCAAGCCAUGGAGUUGACUCAGACCAUUGUUGACAGGAUAAGUUCUGAUGGGGGUGGAGCUCUAAUCAUUGACUAUGGCUUGAAUGGAGUAAUCUCGGACAGUCUUCAGGCAAUUCGGAAACACAAGUUUGUCAACCUUCUAGACAAUCCUGGAUCAGCAGAUCUCAGUGCAUAUGUUGACUUUGCUUCCAUUAGGCAUUCCGCGGAGGAAGCUUCAGGAGAAGUGUCUGUUCAUGGACCAAUUACUCAAUCUGAAUUUCUCGGUUUGCUUGGAAUAAAUUUUCGUGUUGAGGCACUCCUACAAAACUGCACGGAGGAACAGGCUGAAUCUUUGAGGACAGGAUACUGGCGUCUUGUAGGUGAUGGUGAAGCUUCCUUUUGGGAAGGACCUGAUGAAGGUGUUCCCAUUGGUAUGGGUACUCGCUACAAGGCAAUGGCUAUUGUUAACAAGAAGCAGGGUGUUCCAGUUCCUUUUCAAUAAACCAAAGCUUAUUCAAAUUAAAAUGUCGAACCAAUUAGUGUACCAGGAUUGAACUUUCCCCAAACAAUGGUUGGUUUUUGGGUGCAAUCAAUGAUUGGCACUUCUAAUUGCUACAAUUUUUUCUUCUUUUAUUUAUUUGUUUAUGGAUGAUUGUUCAAUGUAGCGUUUUGUUUUACCUGUAUUGUAAGAUUUACACGAUAUAACGUUCUCGUUACAA